CGGCGGCGGGCUCGAGUGCGGCGCGGGCGGCGCGGGCGGCGCCUCGGCCGGCGGCAUGAGCGUGGAGGCGUACGGCCCCAGCUCGCAGACGCUCACCUUCCUGGACACGGAGGAGGCCGAGCUGCUGGGCGCCGACACGCAGGGCUCCGAGUUCGAGUUCACCGACUUCACGCUCCCCAGCCAGACGCAGACGCCGCCCGGCGGCCCCGGCGGCCCGGGCGGCGGCGCGGGGGGCCCGGGCGGGCCCGGCGGCGCGGGCGCGGCGGCCGGACAGCUGGACGCGCAGGUUGGACCCGAGGGCGUCCUGCAGAAUGGGGCUGUGGAUGACAGUGUGGCCAAGACCAGCCAGCUGCUGGCAGAGCUGAACUUCGAGGAGGACGAGGAAGACACGUACUACACCAAGGACCUCCCCAUCCAUGCCUGCAGUUACUGCGGAAUCCAUGACCCCGCCUGUGUGGUGUACUGCAACACCAGCAAGAAGUGGUUCUGUAACGGCCGCGGGAACACUUCUGGCAGCCACAUCGUGAACCACCUGGUGAGGGCCAAGUGCAAGGAGGUGACGCUGCACAAGGACGGGCCGCUGGGCGAGACGGUGCUGGAGUGCUACAACUGCGGCUGCCGCAACGUCUUCCUGCUCGGCUUCAUCCCGGCCAAGGCCGACUCGGUGGUGGUGCUGUUGUGCCGGCAGCCCUGCGCCAGCCAGAGCAGCCUGAAGGACAUCAACUGGGACAGCUCGCAGUGGCAGCCCCUGAUCCAGGACCGCUGCUUCCUGUCCUGGCUGGUGAAGAUCCCGUCGGAGCAGGAGCAGCUGCGGGCGCGGCAAAUCACCGCGCAGCAGAUCAACAAGCUGGAGGAGCUCUGGAAGGAGAACCCCUCAGCCACGCUGGAGGACCUGGAGAAGCCCGGAGUGGACGAGGAGCCGCAGCACGUGCUGCUGCGGUACGAGGACGCCUACCAGUACCAGAACAUCUUUGGCCCCCUGGUCAAGCUGGAGGCCGACUACGACAAGAAGCUGAAGGAGUCUCAGACUCAAGAUAACAUCACAGUCAGGUGGGACCUGGGCCUUAACAAGAAGAGAAUCGCCUACUUCACUUUGCCCAAGACUGACUCUGGUAAUGAGGAUUUAGUCAUAAUUUGGUUAAGAGACAUGCGGCUCAUGCAGGGAGACGAGAUCUGCCUGCGGUACAAGGGCGACCUCGCACCCCUCUGGAAGGGGAUCGGUCACGUCAUCAAGGUCCCGGAUAAUUACGGUGACGAGAUCGCCAUUGAGCUCCGCAGCAGCGUGGGGGCCCCCGUGGAGGUCACCCACAACUUCCAGGUGGACUUCGUGUGGAAGUCCACCUCCUUUGACAGGAUGCAGAGCGCCUUGAAAACCUUCGCUGUGGACGAGACCUCGGUGUCGGGCUACAUCUACCACAAGCUGCUGGGCCAUGAGGUGGAGGACGUGAUCAUCAAGUGCCAGCUGCCCAAGCGCUUCACAGCGCAGGGGCUCCCAGACCUCAACCACUCUCAGGUGUAUGCCGUGAAGACCGUGCUGCAGAGGCCACUGAGCCUCAUCCAGGGCCCGCCAGGCACUGGCAAGACGGUGACGUCGGCCACCAUCGUCUAUCACCUGGCUCGGCAGGGCAAUGGGCCCGUGCUGGUCUGCGCCCCGAGUAACAUCGCCGUGGACCAGCUGACCGAGAAGAUCCACCAGACCGGGCUGAAGGUGGUGCGCCUGUGCGCCAAGAGCCGGGAGGCCAUCGACUCGCCGGUGUCCUUCCUGGCCCUGCACAACCAGAUCAGGAACAUGGACAGCAUGCCGGAGCUGCAGAAGUUGCAGCAGCUGAAGGACGAGACCGGGGAGCUGUCCUCGGCGGACGAGAAGCGGUACCGCGCCCUCAAGCGCACCGCUGAGAGAGAGCUGCUCAUGAACGCGGAUGUCAUCUGCUGCACCUGCGUGGGCGCGGGCGACCCCAGGCUGGCCAAGAUGCAGUUCCGCUCCAUCCUCAUCGACGAGAGCACACAGGCCACUGAGCCCGAGUGCAUGGUGCCCGUGGUCCUCGGGGCCAAGCAGCUGAUCCUGGUGGGUGACCAUUGCCAGCUGGGCCCGGUGGUGAUGUGCAAGAAGGCGGCGAAGGCCGGGCUCUCGCAGUCGCUCUUUGAGCGCCUGGUGGUGCUGGGCAUCCGGCCCAUCCGCCUGCAGGUCCAGUACCGCAUGCACCCCGCCCUCAGCGCCUUCCCCUCCAACAUCUUCUACGAGGGCUCGCUGCAGAACGGCGUCACCGCAGCUGACCGUGUGAAGAAGGGCUUUGACUUCCAGUGGCCGCAGCCUGACAAGCCCAUGUUCUUCUACGUGACCCAGGGCCAGGAGGAGAUUGCUAGCUCGGGCACAUCCUACCUGAACCGGACGGAGGCCGCGAACGUGGAGAAGAUCACCACGAAGCUGUUGAAGGCGGGCGCCAAGCCCGACCAGAUCGGCAUCAUCACGCCGUACGAGGGUCAGCGCUCAUACCUGGUGCAGUAUAUGCAGUUCAGCGGCUCCCUGCACACCAAGCUCUACCAGGAAGUGGAGAUUGCCAGUGUGGACGCCUUCCAGGGCCGUGAGAAGGACUUCAUCAUCCUGUCGUGCGUGCGUGCCAACGAGCACCAGGGCAUCGGCUUCCUCAACGACCCGCGGCGCCUCAACGUGGCGCUGACCCGGGCCAGGUACGGCGUGAUCAUCGUGGGCAACCCGAAGGCGCUGUCGAAGCAGCCGCUGUGGAACCACCUGCUGAGCUACUACAAGGAGCAGAAGGCGCUGGUGGAGGGGCCGCUCAACAACCUGCGUGAGAGCCUCAUGCAGUUCAGCAAGCCCCGCAAGCUGGUCAACACCGUGAACCCUGGGGCCCGCUUCAUGACCACCGCCAUGUACGACGCCCGCGAGGCCAUCAUCCCCGGCUCUGUCUACGACAGGAGCAGCCAGGGCCGGCCGUCAAACAUGUACUUCCAGACGCACGACCAGAUCGGCAUGAUCAGCGCGGGCCCCAGCCACGUGGCGGCCAUGAACAUCCCCAUCCCCUUCAACCUGGUCAUGCCGCCCAUGCCGCCCCCAGGCUACUUCGGCCAGGCCAACGGGCCUGCCGCGGGCCGGGGCACCCCCAAAAGCAAGACUGGCCGUGGGGGCCGCCAGAAGAAUCGCUUUGGGCUUCCUGGGCCCAGCCAGACCAAUCUCCCCAACAGCCAGGCCAGCCAGGAUGUGGCGUCCCAGCCCUUCUCGCAGGGCGCCCUGACGCAGGGCUACAUCUCCAUGAGCCAGCCCUCGCAGAUGAGCCAGCCCGGCCUCUCCCAGCCCGAGCUGUCCCAGGACAGCUACCUCGGGGAUGAGUUCAAAUCCCAGAUCGACGUGGCCCUGUCGCAGGACUCCACCUACCAGGGCGAGCGGGCCUACCAGCACGGCGGCGUGACAGGGCUGUCCCAGUACUAGAGGGUGGCGGCAGAAGAGCUAAGCUUCGUGGCUUAGUCCAUCAGCAUCUUAUCCUGGGUAAUAAAAAUAAAAUAAAUGGAUACCUGUUUUCCACUGCUAAAACUGAAGCACCAGUGUGUGAGCGACAGGAGAGGGCAAGCAGCAAGGGAGGAGCCGAGACCUGAGGAGGAGGAGCAGGAGGAGGAAGAGGAGGACG